CGUGCCGGUGCCGCCCGGGACGCCGUGAGGGCCAGGGCCGGGAGCAGCCACGGGCCCUGGGCGGUUGCGGAGAGGCCGCCCCAUUCUGUCCGCGGCUGCUCGGGCUGGUUCUCCCUUUGUUACUCACAUCAGACCCGGGAUGGCUUUUGCCAGUCUGAAAUAACGGUUUAUUGUUCUCGCAUGAUCACAAGCAAGCGAUAAUAGCGAGAUUUGCUCUCGAGCCGAUGAGAUGGUACCAAGCAAGACAGCGGUGUCUGAUGAUGCGUUUGCAUUCACCAGCCAGCGAUACAGGAAUGAAGCUAAAGCUUUACAAACACAGCUUUUACUGCUGAGCAUGAUGCUACAGGGUGUGGAAUAUCCCUUUUGUCAGUUGGGAUCAACCAUCCAGUUGUUUCCUCUCUAGCCUCUUGCCCACCCCCAGGCUACUCAGUGGUGAGCAGCUCCAGUUUAAUAGAAAUGUUCCUGCAGUUCCAGAGAACUUGGCUCUCAGAUUCUCUCACCCCCGUCCAAUUAUAACAGAAAAACUGAAGGCAUCCAGUGAUAAGGGAAAUCUCGUUGGAAGUGAGGACCUCAGCCUGAGAAGCUCUGGGAUGUUCUCAGCGGUGUCUGAAGAGAGACUUAAAUUGGCUGUUCAGCUGGCAAAAAGGGACAUCAAACAAAGACAUCUCGAAGAACAAGUAAAAUAGCAGUGCUGCUUCCUUUGGACCAAAGCUGCCAGCUCAUGGGAGGUGUUUUCCCUCCAUCUCCACCCGGGAGAAACCCUUCCUCAGGCCUCAGCCUCUCAUUCCUGGGCGCACAUGGGCUGCUCAGCCGUGCUCAGCAGAUGCCCAGGCCCCACUGGUUCCCCAGUGGCCCUUGGAGCGUUUGGGGUAGCCAAGUACGUUCCAGGAGAAAUCUCCAACCUGCAUUAGCCAGCACUGCCUUUCCUCCCUGGGGAUACUUUGCUGUGAUUGUGAUGCACUGACAGCACAGAGGCCCCAGGAACAGCACGUCCUGUCUCCUCCUGGACCUCAGCAAUACACUUUAAAACAGGUAACUUCAGAAGAUAUAUAAAUUAGAGAGAAAAAUUAACAGAACUUCAUGUUUUCAAUGCCAAGAAGUUUCAAGACUUUCUGAAGGAAGGUCGAGCGUUUGUGUACCUGCUGCUACAACUGAUCCCUUAUAGCUCUACAAUGCAAGUAGUGUCUCGGAUGUGACAGACCUACCCACUGUGGAACAAUGGGAUACAGGAGGUGCAGAAAAUAUUAACUAACUUUCUUAGUCCGUCAAGUAGGGGCACUAAUAAUAAUUCUUUCACUUUGCAGGAGUAUCAGAAAGAAUCAUUCACUAGUUUUUGCACAAUGUAUCAUAAUGUCAUAGACAACAGCUGCCACAGAUGUUUCUCAGAAAUUGGUGUGGUUCACUUCCCAUCUAAACAAGCCCCUUCUGUCCCCCCUUUUUCUCUGGGAAAAAUGAAAGCAGAAGAAAAAGGAAGUGCAGUAAGCCAUUAUUUAGAUCUGGGAAUAAUGAAUGUUUAUCAGGAUUUUGUAACACAAAUUAUGUAAUGAAGCAGAGAAAAGGCUUUUGAACAAGUAUGUUAAUGAGAUGGCAGCUAAGGGAGAGGUUACAGAGCUGCCAAUUCUGAUACAAAUUUUUAAUGUGAUUUUCUUUUGGAUCAUUUUCUUUUGCGGUCAUUAGCCUGCACAGCAUUUGAAUGGGCUUUAGGGCACAAACUAUAUGGGAAACACCAAUUCUAGCUCAAGAAAGACUGAUCAGCAACAUUAACUGACUGAGAAAAUCCCACUGACUCAAAAUUCAGAAUGAGGGCUUUUAUGUAGAACAUUGUUGGGCACGGGGAUUGUGCCGAAAGGACUGUUCAUUCAGAGUCUUGAGAGCUUUUCCUGGAAAAAUAUCAGAUGCUCCACUGGGAACUUAGUUGAAAGCUACUCCUGAAGCAGGACAGUGGGCUGGCAGUAACUGGGAAGGACCGACUGGAGGGAAAAUGGAGAGCAAUGAAGGAGUGAAUGCUGGAACCAUUUUUUCAUUGGAGACAGGCCACAGGAAUUCAAGUUUUGGCCAAUUCCCCACUUUCUGCGAGACUUUGCACUGGUGUGAAGUGUGUUUCCUCUGUGUUGAGCAUGGCCCCGACGUGCCUGCAGCCCCUGCUGAGGUACCGCUCCUUCGCCAUCCUCUUCCUCACGCCGCUGCUGCUGCUGCCGCUGCCGCUCGUCGUGCCCACGAAGGAGGCCAGAUGUGCAUAUAUCAUGAUUAUCAUGGCUGUGUACUGGUGUACUGAAGUGAUCCCCCUGUCUGUCACCUCCCUCAUGCCAGUGGUAUUUUUCCCUCUGCUUGGAGUUCAGACCUCUAAAAAAGUGUGCUUGCAGUACCUAAAUAGCACAAACAUGCUCUUCUUUGGAGGGCUGAUUGUCGCAAUUUCUGUUGAGCAGUGGAAUCUUCACAAAAGGAUUGCACUGAGGGUCCUUCUGAUUCUUGGGGUGAAACCUGCACUCCUGAUGCUGGGAUUUAUGUUAGUCACUGCCUUCUUGUCAAUGUGGAUAAGCAACACAGCCACCACUGCCAUGAUGGUUCCCAUUGUCCAAGCUGUCCUGGAUGAAUUGGACAUCACAGAGCAUGAGUUGACCAUGGUGGAACCAGCAACUGGGCAAACAAAUACAGCGAUUGAGCUGGAGGAAAAGAGCAAAUCAGGGUCCGCUGCAGUGAGUGGUGUAAGCAAUGAACAAGUCACUGAUGACCCCAAAUCUUCUGAGGAAACUAAAAGGCGGAAGAGUAUAUGCAAGGGAAUGACACUUUGUGUAUGCUAUGCUGCCAGCAUUGGAGGAACUGCAACACUUACCGGAACAGGACCAAAUGUGGUACUGAAAGGCCAGAUGAAUCAGUUAUACCCUGACAGUAAUGAUAUUGUGGACUUUGCUUCCUGGUUUGGAUUUUCAUUCCCAAACAUGGUCCUGAUGUUGACACUAGCUUGGCUUUGGUUACAGUGCUCCUUCAUGGGACUCAACAUAAAACAAAACUGGGGCUGUGGGACACAGAAAACUGACAAAGAAAAAGCUGCAUACAGUGUGCUGAAGGCAGAAAUGAAGAAGCUAGGCCCUAUGUCUUAUGCUGAAAUAAAUGUCCUCCUUUUGUUUAUAUUGCUGGUGCUCUUGUGGUUUUCCAGAAACCCAGGCUUUAUAAAAGGCUGGGCUAGCAUACUCUUCAAAGGAGGAGAAAAGUAUAUCACUGAUUCUGUUCCUGCUAUGUUUGUUGCCCUGUUACUGUUUGUCCUUCCUGCUCAUAAGCCCAAAUGCAUAGGCUGGAAUACAAGCACGUCUGACUCUGAACAGACUGAAGAAGAUAAGAAAAAGCAAUUUUUUUCACCCCCGCUGCUAGAAUGGAAUGUGGUUCAAAGGAAGAUGCCCUGGAACAUUGUGCUGCUGCUGGGAGGAGGUUUUGCUUUGGCUGAUGCAAGCGCAAACUCUGGGCUCUCAGCUUGGAUGGGUCGUCAGAUGACACCACUGGGAUCAAUCCCACCAUGGGCCAUUGCAUCAGUGAUCUCCUUUAUUACAGCUGUCUGCACUGAAUGCACCAGUAACGUGGCCACAGCUACCCUCUUCCUGCCUGUCUUUUCAUCCCUGGCUGAAUCUAUCAGGAUCCACCCUUUGUAUGUUAUGCUGCCUGGUACUCUCAGUGCUUCAUUUGCCUUCAUGCUACCUGUUGCAACACCACCAAAUGCAAUAGUGUUUUCUUACGGCCACAUCCGUGUUUUGGAUAUGGUUAAAUCUGGACUAGUGUUGAACAUCAUUGGAGUCUGCUGUGUCUCCCUGGCCAUCAACACGUGGGGAAGGCCUAUGUUUCAGCUGGACACAUUCCCAGCCUGGGCAAACAGCACAAGAAAUCAGUGAGCUGUGAAGAAUUCGUGUGUUGAACUAGGAAAGUACCCUCAGUACUCCCUGUUGCCCACAGUCCUGUAUAAAGUCUCAUCACCACUUCAGAUCCAGUGUUGGGUGUUUGCUGCCUUCCAGCAGUCACACAGCAGUUCAAGUUUGAACCAACCCAAUCUUACUCCAGAUGUGCUGGAGCCAAAAGUGCUUGCAAUUAUACAACCUCUCUGUCAGGAUCAUAAGUAUGUUCAAGUGAUCCAUUGUACCUCCAAUCAAGGUCAAGGAUUAGGAUUUACCAAACUUUCAAUAAAGAGAGAGGAGGCUGUUGUAUCAAA